GUUCCGUCUUUCGACAAUUACGUAAAAUGGUUUCGUCCAACAACCAGAGUCACGAAGAAACUCCUUCUGAUAAUGAGAAAAAGAAUCAGAGUGAAGAACCACUUAAAAUUCCAAAAGGUUUCGAGAACUUUUUUAACAAAAAUGUAGAAAAACUUAAGCAAAUUGCAAAAGAGCAGGCUCCAAAAGAUAGUAACUCUAAUAAUAAUUCUCGAUCGCGAGACGAGAAACAAAAAUCUCCCCCAAAACAACAGCAACCACCGAUCAAAGAAUUCAAUCUACAUUUAAAC